GGGGCCGUUUUGCAUGACCAUGCGCCAGCUGCUGAGCCGAGAAAUCGCAUCGCCGGCUCACCACAGGGCUACCACUACAACAAUUUGCAACAACAUGAAUCGCGUAAUUUUUCUUCUUUUAAUUUUCGCUCUUUUCGUACUUGCGGAUUGCGCUGGAAAUUCGUUGCGGUGUGUUCUGUGCCAAAAGAGAAUUAGGGAUUCUCAAAAAAAAUACAGCAGACCUGCAGUGAAAUACGUUAAAGAAUUAAAGUUGCACAUUAGCACCCGUGAAAUAGGUCAGGAUGCUCGCCUUUGUUGUGCGUGUAGUAAAGCCAUGUCAAAGUCUCGUAAAUCCAACAACACCGUUAUACAUGUAAGUAAAUUUUAUUAAAAUUGAAGCGGAUAUUUACAUAUAAUGUAAACAUUUUAAAAAUAACAAAACUUCAUAUUCGAUUCCGGCAGCGAAUGGAUACAUGCGAACGCAAAGGGAAGGGGACACACCUAAAACCGGCACCACCUGCGAAAACGGCUCCAGCAGUCAGAGAGGAAGAGGCCGUAGAAAACGUUCUAUCAAUAUCAUCAUGGACGGCUGUAGAUACUUGUUUCGGAGAAAUCCUACGCGGACCGUGUGGCCGAACACUAUUUCCCCCUGGCCUGUUUGAAGAAAUAGAAGAGGAAAUGAAACUACUUUCUAGGCGAUGCGAUCUUUCUAAGGAAUUAAAAAGUUUAAAGGACGCGAUGUACCAAGAAUUCACGAUAUCAGCUAAGCCGCCCAUUUAUGAUGCAGUGGAGUUCGAGAAAUUCUGUGAUAGAGUUGGGGCCCACAAAAUAUUCAAUUCCAUUCUAUCUGCAAUGACUGAUGAAAGACACUCCUCUGAGAGGAUAGCAUUUAACAAGAAAAGAACUGUCGUCAUUCUUUAUAAGUUGUGCUAUGGCCUAAGUCAACUGUGCAACUGGCUCCAGACUGAUCACGCUGUAUUUUUAAAGAAUUCGAAUGUUAACAAGGAAGCACUAAUCACCCAGAGAGUGAUGGGGAAUUCUUGCUCUAAAACAAAGACAAAUGAUAUGAUAUUGGCAAUGUACCAAAGUGCAGCAAAGGAAAUUAACAACAUUGUUGAACAAGCAAUCUCAAAUAAAUGGCAAGUAGUACUUGUCAUUGAUGACUACACUUCUAUACAUUCAAUCAGGCGUCCCAAAACUGAAACUCUAUCUAACCCUAAAUAUAUGUGUACAAUCAUCAUGAAAGUGUUUAAGAAUGUCCAAGCCGUGCCUGCCUGUCCAGCUACAGCCUACCACAACCCUUGUGCUAUCGACAUAGCUUCCUGCAUAAAAACUGUUUCUGGCCUACCUACUAUGAUUAAAUUAGCUCAAACUUACUCUUCUGUAAUGCCUACCUGGAUUAAAGAUUCAUUUUUUACACCAGAUUUUGAAAGAUACAGAGUUACUACCCAUCAAUACUGUGACCAUGAAUCUGUCAAAAAUAUGAGACAAAUGGAUGAUGUACACCUGGUUAACUUUUUUGAGCUCACUCUUAAAAGUAAGGGCGACUUUGAAGCUGCAUUUGAUGCUAUCCUAAAUACCAAACUGUCUGAUUACAUGAAAUUGUAUCUCACUCCACAGCCAGGUGACUGGCCAGCCCAAUUUUACUCCCGCCAAAUUGUCUAUGAUAGUCUAUUGAAAUUCCAUGCAUGCGCAACAUCAGAUGUUCCAACCAAUACAGUUCCUCCAUCUCCUUCUGACCAUUCAUACUCCACUGUGAACUUCGACUGUGAAUCUACAAGAAAAAAGCAGCACCUGUCAACAAGUAAUCAGCCAAAAAUCCUAUCUGUAAUACCUUGUAUAGGACCACUACACAUCUCAUUAAAUGCUAGAGAAACAGUAUUCAACAAUUUCCGUCCUUUUUUUGAAACUGUAUAUACUCAAAUCUUUCCAAGAAGCAAACUUGCUAAAAAACCAAAACCUUGGCGAAUCAGUCUUAUACUUGAAGUUACUUAUGGUGGUUGGCUUUUUAUAAGGGAUACCAUAAAAGAUAAAUUCUCCAUCUGCAAAGACCUUGAAUACAGAACACUUCUGAACUUACUUGAUAACUAUUUACCUCUGAUUCUAACUAUAUACAGUGUAACCUUUAAACUGAACAAUUUUAAUGAAUACUUCAACGGAAUCAUAAGAAUAUGGACUAUGUUUGUGUGCCUUGAAAGGCACCACUACAACAAGGCACCACUUGUAUGGCUAGCCAUGUGUACAUACUGGGGAAUUUAUCACCCUGGUAUGUAUAAUCUCCUCAGGCAGUCUUUAGCUAUAUUUGACGAGUACCCAGUAGAAAAUGCUCACAGCAUAAUAAGAUCCAAAACUAAUACAAAUGAUACUGCAGAGAAACUGGAGAAAAAGGCAAAGGCUAUAUUUCAAUCGAAGAGGACACAAAAGAACUUUAAAGAUAACUUUACGCCGUCCAAGAAGCAAAACCAUGCUUUAAACAACCUUAGAACCAUUAAAGCAAAAUGUGCAGUGAUACUUACCAGUAUGUUUUCUCAGAUAGCAAAGCAUCCUGGGAAAGCUAGUUUCAUUGAGGAAGGCAAAAAGAAAAAAGUUCUCUUACCCCGUGUCUUUGGGAAUGAAAAAAUGAAAAUUAAAGUCCUACCACUGGGUUACUGUUGUUCUACAAUGGCCAACCAGGAAAAACGGUGUGAUUUACAAGUCUGCAAAGUCACAAGAAAUGAGCCAUGGACAUUGUUUGAAGGUUGUUCACACUCUUUUCACAAUACAUGUCUCUUAGAUGCUAGCUUCUGCCCGUUAUGCCAACAAUUCCUAGCUGAUAAAGCACAGAGCCUGGCAAAAAUAGCACAGAAUGCUAUUCUACACCCUAAAGAGAACAAUGAGCCCUUGUAUUCCCAAAGCAGUGAUACAGAUGGAGCAGAGGAAGAUGAAGACACUGCAUCUGACAUACCAGUAACACAGUCUAGUGACAAUGAAGAUGUUGACAAACAGAUUAAAUCAGUAAAUGAUGUGAUAUGUGCUUUACCAUCACCACAAGCACCGCCAGUAAUGCUGACAUCCUCAUCCUCUCAAAGGACAUCAGAAUCCCCUUCACAAGAGCAUCACCAGCAAACAGUACCGCUUCAGUCCUCAAAGCGAGUACCAAAAUGUAAAAACUGUCAUCAUCCAAGGAAAGGACACACAAAUGCAAAAAAUGGGCCUGUUGCGUGUCCAGCAUGCCAAGGAGGUUUAUGCACAGGUUCAGUUAACUCACCACAACCAACUGCAGUGCAGGGUCACCAAUCUCAACAGCAUGUUUCACUGACAAGUAGCAUUCAAUGCAAUGUCAUCUUAGAAAGCAUCCAAGAAUGGAUUUUACCAUACUACCUUUCACAGACAACAGUGUUUGGAUUACCCCUGGGCAGCAAUGCUUGCACAGUUAUUGCUGCCAUAGGUGCAAUGAAAUUUCUUAAUACCGGUGAUCUUCUAAUACCAUCACCUUCAAGAAUUCUAAGAUGUGUAGCAACUUUUGCUAACUCUAUGAGAGAGGGCAUUGCUCUAUACAACACACUAAACCUUCCACCAACUCAGCCAAAUUUAACUGCCUCAGAAGCACUCGAAACAAGAUCUGACCAGUUUGGCCUUCAAAUCAUUGAGGACACUGGGAUUUUCUCACAAGAAUGUCUCACCAAUAAGCUGAAUGGUUUGUGCUCCCAUCCUCAAGACCAAUGCAUAAUAAUGAUAACACCACCUGAUAAAUCAAUGCUGUUGUGUUUCAGUAGAGAUGAACAAAAAAUUGCACUCUUUGAAAGCCACCCCCGUGGAAACAAUGGUGGAUUAAUUGCUGUUGCAAGUUAUCAGAAUGUUGAUAAGUUGGUUUUGUUUUUAUCUUACAUGUGUAAUCGUGAUUGGGGAACUGGAAUUGCUGGAAGUAAUCUUGCAGUCAUAAGAAGUAAAUAUACUCAAUAAGCUGAGUACCGCAUCUGCAUUGUCUAAAGUGCAACCCACAGUGCUCUUUAAGCAAUAUCAUUAUUUAUUUUGAUAUCUUUUAUCAUUGUUGAAACUAUUGUAGCUUUACAUUAUUAUUAUUAUUAUUAUAAUCAAUCAAAAAGUCAUUCAAAAUGAAGGGAUUGUAUUGCACUCACAGAAGCAGCCCUUUAUGAGGAGUUGCAUUGCACUUAAACAAUGGAGCACAGUCAUUUGGAUGCAAAAUCAAAAUUGUAAUUUAUUUAACUUUCAAGAUACAAUAUUAAUGUUAUUUAUGGUUUGUUCUUACCUGCUAUUAACCCAGAUGAUAACCCUUUGAUUGUAAAUACUGUAAAAGCAAACCAAAUGUUUUAGUUCAUAAUUCUGGGUUAACAAUUGUCAUGACUUUGCUUGCUUUACAACAUGGUUUUGGUUACUCAUUUGUAGUGUUUUGUAGAGAUUAUAACUUUUUAAAGUUAAGUUACAAUCUUAUUUUUUUCAAUAAACAUCAGCCAUACAUUGUAAAUGAAUAAUUCUACUUUCAAUUUAAGUAAAAAUAUCAACAGACAAUUCUUUAGGGCAACUACAGCUCCUAUUUAAGUUUGAAGUGUAUAAAUUAGCAUACAUUUUGUAAAUAAAAAAUCAAAUAAAACUAUUUUCCACAUUUUUUCCAGCCAGUCUAACAUAUUGAACAGAAUAUACAUAUAAUAAGAGCAUUCUAUCAAGUGAAAUUGCUGUGAGUCACGGCACAAAAAUUAUAUAAUUAUAUAAAAUAGUUCAUUCUUGAGACAACAAUUAUUUUGCUAAAUGUGGAGUUCGAUAACUUUCCAAAAACAUGUCCGAUUUCCGUGAAGUAAAGUGUAUGCAUUAAUACAGGUCAUAGUUAAUAGAUUUAAGUUUUUAUAGGCAAUAAUAAGUUCUUAGUUAAAUCGGUUUUGGCCAAGCAAAGAUUAUUAUGAAAAAAUACAACAUCGAAUUGUUGGGCAAAAACUUUAUGUUCCACAUUUAUUCAAUUGAUUAUACCCAUAUAAACUGAAUUUACACGUAUAAAGUUUACUAUUUCUGAUCAUAACCGAGUGAGUCCCGGACAAGAUUAAGAAGUAUUUCCAUGUGAAAAUGCCAGAAAAGCAAUUGACGCCGAUUAUGACGUUGGAAAUAAACGAAUAUUCUCGUAAACCACUGGGCUAGAUUUCUAAACAACAUGGCUCAAAAAACUCACAAAACCCAUUAACUUACCUUGGUUAGAAAUUUGGUUGCAGAUGGCCGUCAUUUUUGAGCGAAAUCCAAGCACAAAUCAUCCCCAUUACAACAACAGUCGCCAUGAUUUGUCUUCCUAUGUCAGCUUGUGCUCCCCUUUUACUUUGAAAUUAUCGAAUCUUAUUGAAGUUGAUAUUGACAUAGAACGUUCUAAGAACAUUUAAUAAGACUUAGGUUUACGUCUGAGCUUCGAUCAGCUUUGAAGAGAAAAGAAAACUUGACUUUCUGAAGUAAAUAAAAUGGUCAUUUCGCUUGCGAACACACACUGAGCCACGGUCGACUCAAAAAUUUUGCGCAUGCGCAGCAAACUGGCCCCUUGUUGUCUCGGUGCGUAAGCUAAUUAUUUGAAAACAAUGAAU